CCCCCCGCUGGGCACCCCCACGAAAUGCACAUAUCUAGAUUUGACAACCUCCUCCACAAAGAUGGAUAUAUACCCUCCCACGGGGUACGUAUAAAACAUGGAUGUAAACAAGCUUCUACAAAGCCUAAGACGGCGUGCAUGGAGGGGCGCUGCGAAUCCAACCCAGGGUUGUUGCUGCUGUCCAGGGGUUAAGCUACACUUGGUUCUCCCUGCCCUCCCCCCUUCCUUCUCCACGCUUUCCCCCCAAUCUAUUUCACAAUCUGACACUAGAUUGUGCUCGCGUGACCAUCUGAGUAUGUGGUCAGUCGGCAAAAGCAAAGAGCAAAAGCGAAGAGCCAAAGCUUAGGAUAAAAGCUUCAAACUCAAAGGAGGAUAGCAACGUGAUUCCAGAAACGUUACAUCGAUCACCGUCCUCCUCCCCCUCCUCCUCCUCCUUCUUGUUUCGAUUCUCCGAAGCUGCAGGUCCAUCUGUCUUGUGGAUGAUUGGAAGGUAUUAUUGCGCAAGACUUUAACACGGACAGUCCAUCGCCGAGAGGAUAGCCAGAUACUGGCAGUGCUGGUCGUAAGAUGCGUGUGUGUGGGUGUGUAUAAGAGAGAAAGAGAGAGUGAGAGCGAGAGAGAGAGAAGCUUCUCCGUGUUAGUCCCAGAUCGCGUCAAUCGAGUUCAUCGUGUGCGCAAUGAUUUCGGAGUACAUGGUCUCGAUAAGCCGGUUCUCGAGAAAGAACUAUGAUUGCGGGAUCAAAGUAGUCCACCGCCAAAUUCCUCCCCCCCCCCUUU